AUGCCUCUGUUCUUAACCCCGCUUCCAGAAGGAAUGAGAAGCCGGGGCUUCCACUUAGUGUCUUUGCCUCUCGGGAGGAAAGGAUCCCUUCUGAUAUCUGAGCAGGAUACGGCGGAUGCUUCAGAGAUGAGCUGGAGCGUCACCACAUGGCUGCCGGAGAUGCGGCCUGAGUGGCCCAGAUGUGAAGUCUACAUAGAAUCCACAGGUGCAGAGCAGUUAAUAGAACUCUCUCACCCAUUAAGGGCUAGGAGGGAUUUGAAGUUUGCUUCGACCUGCGAGUUGAAGAGGCUCCGAAGUUCACGCCAGGCCCGCACAGCCUCUGCCCUUGCCCAGGUGGAGGAAACUCAGGAGCUUGUGGCCAGAGCCCCGGAGCGCCCACGUGGUGCCCGCAGCCUCGGCCUGAGUGGCUUGGAGGCUGGAGUGGCUGCGGCUGGGGCUCUCAGAGGGGCCGACAGCGCAUUGCCCGGGAACCAGGGAGCUCAGGAGAGGUUAGACUGGGAGCCGUUCGAGGCUGGAAGGAAUGCUUCUGUCAAGAGAUGGGAGCAAGCCCAGCCUGAGCAAGCCUUUGAAAGAUGCUCAGGGCAACUGGGGCUACACCCACCCCCUCGAUGCACCAUCACAGUCACUGAUGAGGAAAGUUCUGACAAAUUCAAGAUCCUUGACAUCCAGUCUCUUCUUGGGUCCUGA